AUGAAGAUCUCAAACAACCCGCCGCAGCACCUCUCAAACUACGAAGUGCUCCAGCACUUCCUCCACCUGAAAGAGGACAACGACUACCUGCAGAAGGCAGUGGCGGACAAUGCGAGCCGGCAGGUGCUGCGCGCGCACGCGCAGUACCCCGGCGCGAAGAACAAGUUUGGCGAGGCGGUCGAGCUGCCCGACGUCGAGCCGCUCGACGGCGAACAACUGCUAGCCGAGGACGACGCGGCGCGCCGCGGCCUCCCGUCCGAGCUCGUGUGGGUCCAGGACGAGGUCAUCAAGUACCUCUGUGCCGACUACAACGUGACUGCGCGCCAGACGGCCAACGGCGUCGCGACGCUCGCGGACCAGCUGCAGGACUACGGGUUCACCAAGGCCGAGCUGCUGCAGGCUUGUAACCUCGCGCCGCAGUCCCAGGUCGGGCUGUACUUGAUCAUCGAGGAGUCCGAGACGCGUCUGGCGCAGCCGUACGACCAGACGAUCAACCAUAUCGUCGACAAGGUCAUUGCGCCCACGCUGCUCGCCGAGCCGCCCGAGGAGCUGUGGCCUUACCUCUCGAGCACGGCCCACAACGAGAUUGCCCAAAACAUCAUCGAUGACACGGCAGAGUACGACGAGGAGGCGUAUGACAACGAGGAGGAGUACGUCCACGAGGCUGAGUGGGGACCCGGGCGGGAAGGCGGCGUCGACGACGAGGAGGACGCGACGAUGGAGUAA